AUGAAGACUUUCUGUUUUGUCUCCUUUCAGUUGAUUUCACUCGCCCUCGUCGCCGUCGCCUCGGCCGCCGUGUAUCCCGGCGAACUGGUGCACAGGUCGCAGGAGAUCAAGCCUGACGGCUCCUACUCCUACUCCUAUGACACAGGCACCGGCAUCAGCGCGCACGAGUCUGGCGUGGGCGGCGAAGUGGCCGAGGGCACUGCACGCUGGGUGGCGCCUGACGGCACGCCCGUGGAAUUCACCUACCGCGCUGACGCCGCCGGCUACGUCGCCACCGGCAGUCACGUACCCGAGACGCCGGAGUACGUGUACCGCGCCAUCGAGUGGAUCCGCUCACACCCGUCCGUGGAGGACAAGUACAAGUACGACAAGUAUCCCACGUACAAAUACACCGAGCCCGUGGUGCCCGUCGUGCCAGUCGUGACCGCUAAGCCCGUCGUCACGCCCGUGUUCAGCACAGUGUCGCCCGUGGUCCCCGUGAGCAAGGUGUACAAGCCGACUGACUUCAAAUACAAGUCGCCCGUCUUCCCCACAGUCAAGCCCUCAGUUACCGUCUUCAAGCCCAGCUACACACCCACGCCUUUCACCAAAUUCGUCGUUUAAAAUUUCACCUCCCUCAAUUCGACCGCGAAUUCUGGUUGCAGUCACUUUUGUUAAUACCGUUCUCAAACAUGUAAAGAAAGACAGGAUCAGUA